AUGGUUGCCUGGAUUAAAACCUUGUGCGCCUAUGGGGAGAUCAAGACUCCAAGAAUGAAUGGUAUGAUCUUGGAACACCAGUGGAAUAUUCUCAAGCGUGGGUCCAUCCAUCCCAGCCUAGAACACUUUGACAGCACAACAAUGGAUGGAAGUUACUACACUGAAAGCUUACACUGUGUCACCAUGUACAAAAUCAUCAAUAUUCUUGCUGUCAUAAUUUGCAUGGUUGGGCUGGCAGGAAAUGCCAUAGUGCUGUGGCUUCUAGGCUUCCACGUGCACAGGAAUGCCUUCUCAGUCUAUGUCCUCAACCUAGCUGGGGCUGACUUUCUCUUCCUCUGCUUUCAAACUGUGUUAUUCCUGAACCAAAUCCUUAUCCUGUUCAAAGGCAACAAUGUCAUUGUUCCAUUAUAUCUUGCCAUUAUGUCACUCGCUCCUUACCUUUCAGGUUUAUGUAUGAUUGCAGCCAUCAGUGUUGAGCGAUGCCUGUCUGUUUUGUGGCCCAUCUGGUAUCACUGCCAGAGACCAAGACACACGUCAUCUGUCGUGUGUGCCCUGCUUUGGAUCUUCUCUCUACUGUUAACCCUCCUGUUAGGGUUGGGUUGCAUUUUACUGUUUAGGGGUCAUGAAUAUUCUUUCUGUGAGAAUGCUGCUUUUGCCAGUGUUGUAUUUGUAACAGCACUAUCCGUGGUUCCUUGUGGAUUUAACCUGGCUCUGUUGGUCAGUAUCUUCUGUGGCUCACAGAGGAUUCCUGUGACCAGGUUGUAUGUGACCAUUGCACUCACAGUGCUAGUCUUCUUACUCUUUGGUCUGCCCUUUAGUGUCUCUUGUAUGUUUUUCAUUUCAACGGAGAAGAUGCCUACCAUUUUCUCUUGCAAUGUUAUUUAUAUUACAAUUUUCCUGUCCUGUGUUAACAGCUGUGCCAACCCCAUCAUUUACUUCUUUGUUGGCUCCAUUAGGCAUUGCAAGUUCCAGAGGCAGUCUCUGAAGAUGCUUCUGCAGAGAGCCAUGCAGGACACUCCUGAGGAAGAAGAUGGAGAGAGGGGUUCUUCAAGAAAUCCUGGAGAGCAAGAAACAGUCUUGUGUAGUAGCUGA